AUGGAGGCACCGGCGCCGGCGCCGGGACCCACCCGCUGCUUCUCCCCCGCGCAGGAGGAGCUCCAGGCCCAGGCGCGGGUCCUCAGGGACAGGAGGGAGAGGAUGGUGGGGCUGAAGGCAGCGGAGGAAGGCAAAAGCCUGGACUUGCUGGAGCGCGUGGCCGCGGAGCGGGAGCGGGUCCGGUCCCGGGUGCGGGAGCUGCAGCAGCUGCUGGCGGGGCAGGAGCGGCUCCUGCUGCCCCCGGAGCGGAGCAUCGGCCGCCUCUCGGAGCGCAUCGCCGCCCUGGGCCGGCAGAUCCGCCAGCUGGAGGAAAAGUGCGAGCAGCCGCCCUGGGAGCUGCUGCAGGACAGCGCAGACACCCUCAGCAGGCUGGAGGCACCGAGUGACCCCGAGCCGGGGGAGGCUCCCCCAGAGCCGGCAGAGGAGCCCACAGAGCUGCCCCAAAGAAACGCCGCCCUCAGGGAGAUGCUGCAGAAAUUCCGAGCCAGCCUGACCCUGGACCCCGACACGGCGCACCCCCGCCUCGCCCUGUCCGAGGAUUUGAAGCGGGUGCGCUGGGAGGAGACCCGCAGCCCGUCCCCGCGCACCCCAAGCGCUUCGACUCCUCUCGCUGCGUGCUGGGCCAGCAGGCGGAGCAUCGGCCGCCUCUCGGAGCGCAUCGCCGCCCUGGGCCGGCAGAUCCGCCAGCUGGAGGAAAAGUGCGAGCAGCCGCCCUGGGAGCUGCUGCAGGACAGCGCAGACACCCUCAGCAGGCUGGAGGCACCGAGUGACCCCGAGCCGGGGGAGGCUCCCCCAGAGCCGGCAGAGGAGCCCACAGAGCUGCCCCAAAGAAACGCCGCCCUCAGGGAGAUGCUGCAGAAAUUCCGAGCCAGCCUGACCCUGGACCCCGACACGGCGCACCCCCGCCUCGCCCUGUCCGAGGAUUUGAAGCGGGUGCGCUGGGAGGAGACCCGCA